GAGAAAAGCACCUGCUUUUAACACCCUUUAUUUAGUCCUAAUCUCUUACAGGCAGAAUCAAAGCUCUGUAGGCUGGAUUUUCGAAAAAUAUUGCCUUUUUUGUUUGUUUGUUUUAAUUAGUCAUUUAACUUCUUUUUAUUUUAUUUUUUUCUUUUUCCCCCUUCUUCUUAAGCAUAGAGCAUAGUUUUGGAAGCGAUUGCUGAGAAGAGCAACCACUGCUGGCCAGGGUGAUUUCUGAGAAGCACAGACAGCUGUAACUCAAGGAAAAGGUUCUGAGCCCCGGAGGAGACAAUGUUCGCUAAACUCUUCCAGCAGUGGAGUUUCGCAGUGUUCCUGCUGAGUUACUCCGUGCCCUCCUACGGGAGAUCAGUAGAGGGGAUCAGCCGCAGACUCAAACGGGCUGUAUCAGAGCACCAGCUAUUGCAUGACAAGGGCAAGUCAAUCCAAGACUUACGAAGAAGAAUAUUCCUUCAAAAUUUAAUCGAAGGCGUCAACACUGCAGAGAUCCGUGCAACGUCCGAGGUGUCACCCAACCCUAAACCUGCCACCAACACCAAGAACUACCCUGUCCGGUUUGGCAGUGAGGAUGAGGGCAGAUACCUGACUCAGGAGACAAACAAAUCACAGACCUACAAGGAGCAGCCCCUGAAGGUGUCAGGGAAGAAAAAGAAAGCGAAGCCUGGAAAACGUAAGGAGCAAGAGAAGAAAAAGAGGCGAACCCGCUCAGCUUGGCUAAAUUCUGGCAUGUACGGAGACAUCGUGACCGAGAGCCCACUCUUGGACAUCUCUGUUACUACACAUAAUCACACUUUAAGGAGGCGCUGACAUUUUCAGCAAGAGAUAUUUGGAAGACAUAUUGCAGUAUUCUGUAAUAGUGAACAUAUGGGAAGUAUUAAAAUAUUUAUUACCUGUAAAUAUUGUAAAUGCUCAGAAUAAAACCUUUUCCCCCCAUUGC